UCGAUGGUUGAAACAAAUAAAUAAAAAAACUAAUGGUCAAUAUAGUGUCUGGUUUAGAAUUCUAAUAGAUGUCAGACAAUGACCAAAAUCUAUUAGUCACCAUCCAAAUAGUAAAUGCGGGAAACUUAAUAAUUUAUAAGUGUUGAACCACAAGAUGCUGAAAGUAAAAAAGAUAAUGGAGAAGAACAACCAGAAAAGGUUUGUGCUCGUCCAUGGCCUGUGCCACGGUGCGUGGACUUGGUACAAGGUGACAGCACUGCUGGAGGCUGCAGGUCACUGUGUGACUGCAGUGGAUCUGGCUGCAUCGGGUAUAGACAUGACUAGACUGGAAGAGAUUCAAACUCUGAAGGAUUACAGCAAACCAUUACUUGAGUUUAUGAGUUCUCUUGGUCCGGAUGACGACAAGGUGAUUCUUGUUGCGCAUAGUAUGGGAGGACUACCAGCUGCACUUGCUGCUGACAUAUUUCAUUGUAAGAUUGCUGCUGUUGUCUUCUUGACAGCUUUCAUGCCGGACACAAGAAAUCUACCUGCUUAUGUUUAUGAAAAGCUGAUCAGAAGUGAUCCACAAGAAGAAUCGUUGGAUACUGUGUUUGGAACCUACGGGACACCUGAUCGCCCUCUAGAGUUUGUUCUUUUCGGACCAAAAUCCAUGGCCAGGGAUUUGUAUCAACUCUCUCCGGUCCAAGAUCUUGAAUUAGCAAAAAUGUUGGUGAGGGUAAACCCGACCGUCACAAACAAUCUGGCAGGGACAAGAAGCUUCAGUGAGGAAGGGUAUGGAUCCGUUACACGUAUAUAUAUCAUCUGUGGAGAGGACCGCGCGGUAACCGAGGAUUACCAGCGCUGGAUGAUCAAGAACUUUCCAGUAAAAGAAGUAAUGGAGAUCAAAGAUGCAGAUCAUAUGGCAAUGUUCUCCAAGCCUCAAGAACUCUGUACUCGUCUUUUGGAGAUUGCAGAUAAAUAUGCCUAAAUGAAUCUGAGAUCUUCACUGCAUCACAGUUACAAAAUUCAACUUCACGACUACACUAAGCGAGAUGAGAGUGAUAUGGGUGAGUACACUCUAUAUGUAUAAGACAUAACCAAAUAAUAUUAUUUGUAAGAAUGGUUAUAUAAAUAAGAAUGUAAGAAGAGGAUAACACACUACCUGAAAAUUUCCAGCAUCGUAUUAAUGUAGAUCAUAUGCCUA